AUGUUUAAUAUAGCUACUAUUGAUGAGAACUCUAUUACCAGUAUUGAGAGUUCUACUUUGGAAAGUCAUCACCCACAAGGCUCGCAAGACGUAUCAAGAACAGUAUUUGAAAAAAAAAUAAAGGAAAGGCAAGAAAUAUACACUCAAUAUGCAAAGAGGUUUGAGAAGGCGUUAGAAUUGUAUAAGAAAGAAAUGGAUAACGAUAAUUUUAUAAAAAAUUUUGAUAUCUUAGUGGGACUAUUCAUGAAGACUAUUGGUGAGUGUAAAGAAGCCUUACAAGCCCGUAAACAACAAGGUACUCAAAGAUCAAGCAAUAAAAAACUUGCGUUCUGGUUACGUUAG